GAACAUAUGGCAUGCGUCCAAUAUCUGAGCGAAUACACUGAUCUUAUAGACAAUCCAUUGUAUAAACCCAGCAUCCUACACGGAUGAUCCUCUCGUUUCUGCCGGCAGGAAGACCGGAGUCCUGACCGUUACUUGCUCUACUUCCGGAUUACUGCUCCUAAUGCUCGCUCAGUUGUGUAGUUCAUCACCCGAGUGAUCUGUAAGAGCGAAUGUUUUGUAGAUUGGUGUGAAUCUGAAAGACGAGCUCUUCGUAUAACCUCUGAACUGCAUUUUCAUCUACACAAGCAAUCGUUGGAGUUAACGUUACGCGUUUAAAUGAAACUUGUAAGAUUUAUGAACAAUCGUGCACCAUCUAAUAAGAGAUAUCAGCCAACAGAAUAUGAGCACGCUGCUAACUGUGCCACGCAUGCGCUCUGGAUCAUUCCCAGCAUUGUGGGUGGGAUCUUGUUGUACCUCUUAUCUGAUGACCACUGGGAGGAGAUUUCAGCAUGGCUCUAUGGGGCAGGCCUAUCAAGCCUUUUCAUCAUAUCCACAGUUUUCCAUACUAUCUCCUGGAAAAAGUCUCAUCUCCGAUCGGUUGAGCACUGUUUCCACAUGUGCGACAGGAUGGUGAUCUAUUUCUUCAUUGCAGCGUCCUACACACCUUGGCUGACGCUGCGGGAUCUUGGUCCAUGGGCUGCCCACAUGCGUUGGGUGGUCUGGGUGAUGGCCUCUGGAGGAACUGCCUAUGUGUUCUUCUUCCAUGAAAGGUUUAAAGUUGUAGAGCUGGUCUGUUACGUAGCAAUGGGUGUUUUCCCCGCUCUUGUCAUCCUCUCUAUGUACAGGCUUUAA